AUGCGCCAGAGGACACACUUUGACGUCAGGGAGCACAAGGUCCCCGCCUGCCACAUCCGCGAGUAUGCCGGCUCGACUGCGGCCAGCCAGGAGGAGGUGCUGUAUCUACACGUCAAGCAAUACACGCCUCUCCCGGCCCUUUCAGGGGCACAGGAGAAAGACGCCCUGACCAUCAUCGCCACAAAUGGUGUUGGUCUCUCCAAGGAGCUGUACGAGCCUCUAUGGGAUGAGAUUUACCAACUCUCUGCCUCCAAUGACUACGCUAUCCGGGGAAUAUGGAUCGCAGACGCCGUCAGUCUCGGCAUGAGCGGCGUCCUGAACGAGGGCAAGCUGAGCAAUGAUUAUUCGUGGAUGGAUCAUGCUCGGGAUCUGCUUCUCAUGAUCAACCAGUUCCGUGACCAGAUGCCCAGGCCGCUCGUCGGCAUCGGCCACAGCUUUGGCGGCUGCCAAAUAACCAACCUGGCCUACCUCCAUCCACGCCUCUUUGCUUCCAUGAUCCUCCUUGACCCGGUUAUUCAGCUCUCCCCCCCGGUAAUGGGCUUCAACGGGCUACCCACAGGGCCUGUCAACUUCACUACCCAUCGCAAGGACCUCUGGCCAAACCGCGCAGCCGCCUCACAGAAGAGAGCGUCCAAGGGCUGGGAUCCCCGCGUACUCGAGCGCAUGAUGCAGUACGGCUAUCGUGACCUCCCUACCGCUCUCUAUCCGGACUUGCCUCCCGACGCCGACCGGUCCGACCCGCCCGUCACGCUGACAACGACAAAGCACCAGGAAGCCCUAGCACAGCUCCGUGCCAACUUCGAAGCCCGACAGCCCGACGGUCGCAUCCACAUCAACCGCAAUACGCAUGCUGACAUGGAUCCGCUAAGCGCCUUUGUGCCGCUGUACCGCCCCGAGCUGCGGAGCACUUUCCAUCGCCUGCCCGGUCUGCGCCCACCGACUUUGUGGGUGGUGGGAGAAAAGACUUUUCUUUGUCUCGAUGAGAUACGCGAGGGCAUCAAGAUAGCUGGCACAGGUGUGGGUGGCUCUGGAGGCUCACCGGAAGCAAAGGUCAAAGAGGUUAUGACGUUUCGAGAGCAACAGGUGAAAUGGAACCAAGAACGAGAAAAUAUGACGAUGAAAGACCACAUGACUCUGAGCAAGACUUGGAUGGAGGUGGUCAAGCCGCCGAGUGGUGUCAAGACCAAGCUUCAAGCUUACAAUCUCUACCAGUCGCAGGUCGUAGAGCCGCAAGGCUCUCGCGAUGCCCAAGUAUAA